UCGACACCUUUCUAUCGCCAAAGGAUCUUAACAAAAUGGGUGAAAAUAAUGGUGUAUUGUUGAACUUAAUGGACAGUGCCAGAGUCUCCAAUAUGAAGACAGUUUGUUUGGGGUUGGCGCUUUUAGUAUCAAUUGCCAGUGCGCAGCUGGGAUCGCUGAGGAGAUUUCCUUCUGCCUUGCGUCUAGGUAAUAUCGAUGACAUCCCCUAUACACUGCGAGGACCUUUCGCGAGAGGUAUUCGUCGCGCACCAAGGCUCAUCAACCCGCUACGCUUGGACGACGACAACGACUGGUUACGUUCCGGAUCACUGCUUAGAAGAACCAGUUCUCCUCUAUCCAGACUCGGAUUCAAUAACGGCAGAAAUCUUUGGGAAGUCCGAAGAAAUCAGUUGGCUUCCAGGGGGCUCGGGGGAAGGCUCAGAAGAGGCUCCCCUUUGGGUGAUGAAAUUUCAAUCAUGGGCACAGCAAGAAGAGGGCUUAGAAGAGGUUUAUUCUUGGAUGACGACGACACCUGGACCACUUCGGUGAUGAACAGAGGAAGGCGUCUAGCAAGUGGAGGUCUGUUUGGCAGACUGAGAGGAGAUGAUGAUGACAACUGGACCACUUCGGUGAUGAACAGAGGAAGGCGUCUAGCAAGAGGAGGUCUGUUUGGCAGAAUGAGAGGAGAUGAUGGUGACAACUGGGCCACCUCGGUGAUGAACAGAGGAAGGAGCCUAGCAAGAAGAGGUCUGUUUGAUAGAAUGAGAGGAGAUGACGACGACAACUGGGCCACCUCGGUGAUGAACAGAGGAAGGAGGCUAUCAGGAGGCCUGCUUGGCGGACUUAGAGGAGAUGAUGAGGAUAAUAAUUGGAGAUCUCCUUUCUCCAGAUCAAGGGGUGCCAUGGGCAGAAUUUUCAGUAAUCCUUGGAUUAACAACGACGACGACAAUCGGGACCGGCCCGAAAGGCUUGGAUUGAAAUGGCGGACCUCUCUCAGACCAAUAUUUGGAUCGAAUGACGACGACAAUAAUAAUGAAAAUAUGUUCGGACGAAGAGAAUUGAGCAAUGGUCUACAAGGGCUGAGAAAUGCUGCAGCGCCAUUGCGACUUGACAAUAACGAUGACAAUGUAAUAAGUCCCCUCCUUCCUCCGACACAGCUUAACCUCGACGACGAUGAUGAUGACAGAUUCAGUAGUCUCAGUUCUCUUCGCUCAUCGCUUGGCGGUCCACUUGGAGGUCGCCGCUUUUUUUAGAACAUUGAAAAUAAAUAUGGACAUGGACACCAUAUCAGCCAUGCUUUAUGUGACUUAUUUUUAAAAGUAUGAAUAGGUUUAGUAUUUUGUAAAAUGUAACUAAUAGUCAAAUUUAUCAAAAUUUGUAGAUGGGUUGCAUCUAGUGAUGAAUCGUUUAACAGGUUUUAUACUAUGUUCCGAGUUUUUGCUUCCACCACUUUUUGCAUGAUAUUUCGAUAUUCAUAGAUACCUUUGUGCUGAAACUACAUGUACGUUCAUCCUUUUAUAUAAAAAUGUCCAGAUUAUCUGUUUUGAAACGCCCCCUCUACCGCUUCAGGUUUCAAUACACAUCCAAAAAUAGAAAGUCUACGGGGGUUUUUCAUUGCAUCAGCCAUUAAUAAGAAGCCCGGAUGAUACCGUUGAAAAAUUGCCCGAGUACUUCCAAAUGGAGAACAUUAAAGAUGUAAACAUUUCCCAUUAUAAAUCUCCGUAAGAAAUUUGUUUCCGUUGAACAUUUAUGAGUGCAAAAUGAUACUUGCUUAAUGAAAAUAUUUUAGAUGUAUUCCCUUUUAUUGAUUUCAACUGUAUUUCUUUCACAGGUAUGUGUAUUUUAAUUAAAAAUCAUCAAACUAAUGGAAGCAAUAACUUGGGACAGACUAUUAAUAGAUGUUGUGUGUUGACUUAUAACAUGUAGGUUAGAGAAGUGAAUAGGUUAAAAGGUUAAAGAUUUAUUGGAACAUAUCCACUCAUAGGUAACAAUGAAUAAUUAUGAUAAUCAAACUAAUUUUGGGAAAAUCGAGUGAUGAAUAAUA